UAUUUUAUUUAUUAUAACAAAAAAAAAAUCAAACAAUACACAGUGUGGAUACAAAAGAUACUUAGCUGUACACAACCUAUAUACUACUCAUACAAAUACCUUCCAUACCUGAUAUGAUCUUACUCUAUAAAUACCUUUGCUAAUCCAAAAGAGUCUUAUAUAUAAAAUAUACUUAUACCAUUACUCAUACACAUAUACACAUAUAUAUACAAUAUAUACAAAAUAAGUUGAUACAUAGUAAAAAUAUGGAAGAAGGUUUUGGAGAAACCAAAGAAAAGUUCAACAAAUAUGCAUGUGCAUGUGCCAUUGUUGCUUCUAUGAUAUCUAUUAUAUUUGGCUAUGAUACUGGUGUUAUGAGUGGAGCCAUGAUAUUUAUAAAAGAAGAUCUCAAAAUUACCGAUGUAGAAGUAGAAAUCCUAGCCGGAAUUCUCAACAUCUGUGCACUCUUCGGUUCACUCGCCGCCGGUAGAACUUCCGACUACAUCGGACGUCGUUACACAAUAGCUUUAUCCUCUGUAAUCUUCCUAUUAGGAGCUGUUCUAAUGGGUUACGGACCAAACUACCCCGUACUCCUCACCGGAAGAUGCAUAGCCGGAAUCGGAGUAGGUUUCGCCUUAAUGAUCGCUCCAGUUUACUCCGCCGAGAUUUCAUCUCCGGCAUCGAGAGGGUUUCUGACGUCACUACCUGAACUCUGCAUCAGUUUAGGAAUUCUAACCGGUUACGUCUCUAAUUACCUCUUCGGAAAGCUGAGCUUGGAGCUCGGAUGGAGAUUGAUGCUCGGAGUGGCGGCGAUUCCUUCCAUUGCUUUAGCAUUAGGGAUUCUGAAAAUGCCUGAAUCGCCGAGGUGGCUGGUUAUGCAAGGUCGUUUGGGUGAAGCCAAAGACAUUUUAUCGCACGUGUCUAAUUCUAGAGAAGAAGCCGAUUUUCGAUUUCGUGAUAUAAAAAUCGCCGCGGGUAUUGAUCCUGAUUGUAACGACGUCGUUUUAGCUAAAGUCCCGAACAAUAGCCGUGGCCAAGGUGUUUGGAGAGAUUUAAUCCUUCGUCCAACACCAGCCGUCCGAUGGAUUUUAAUCGCAGCCGUUGGUAUUCAUUUCUUCGAACACGCAACGGGGAUUGAGGCUGUCGUUUUGUACAGCCCUAGGAUUUUUAAGAAAGCUGGGGUUGUUAGUAAAGACAAGCUUUUAUUAGCCACUGUGGGUGUUGGGUUAACCAAAACUCUGUUUAUUUUAACGGCAACGUUUUUGCUAGAUAAAGUUGGAAGAAGACGUCUGUUACUGACUAGCGUGGGUGGUAUGAUAUUUGCUUUGUCUAGCCUUGGGAUUUGCUUAACUGUAGUGGAACAUUCGACUGAGAAGUUGGUUUGGGCUUUGGGCCUUAGUAUAACCUCGGUUUAUGUCUUCGUGGCCUUUUUUUCUAUUGGGCUUGGGCCUAUUACUUGGGUUUAUAGUUCUGAGAUCUUUCCUUUGAGAUUAAGGGCCCAAGGUAUGAGUAUUGGUGUAGCUGUGAAUAGGAUUAUGAAUGCUACAAUUUCUAUGACUUUUAUUUCUAUCUAUGAAGCUAUAACUAUUGGAGGAGCUUUCUUUAUGUUUUCGGGCAUAGCUGUUUUGGCUUGGUUGUUCUUCUAUUUCUUUUUGCCUGAGACUAAGGGAAGAACUUUGGAAGAGAUGGAGAUGGUUUUUAGUAGAGAUCCUAAGCAUGAAAAUCAUAAUCAAGGCUUGGAGAUUCAACCAAAGAGUAGUAAUGAUGUACAGUGAUUAUAUAUUUAUAUUAGUUUAUUUUUUCUUUUCUUUUUAGUGUUAUCUUUUUUAUGAAUGCAUGUGAGUUUGAUUGUGGCAAAAGGAAAAUAUCAUAUAAUGUGUUUGUGAAGGAGUGGCAAAAAUAUUUAUAAAUAUUUUGUAUAGUUUUUGUGUCAUUACUGAAAGAUUAUAAA